CCCUUCGUCUGUCUGACCUGGGCAACCACACUCGACCCUCUUCUUUUUUUUUUGCUGCACUGAAGCUCAGAGCGAUGCGAGCACCUACGCUGCUCGCGAGUACCUCAUUGCGGUCUGCAGCAGCAGCAGCAGCUGCAGCGCCGCAGCGAUGGGUGCCUCUCCGGCGCACGCUGCACGCGACGCCAGCGCUGCCCAAGUCGAAGCGGUCGCAGGUGACAACGCCGGCGCCCGCUGCGCCCGACGAGGUGCCGGUCAUCAAGACGCGCGGCAAGGGUGCCAAGGGCGCUUCGUCGACGCCCAAGGGAGCGCGGUCGAAGCACGGGGCCAAGGGCCAGGCCAUGGACGAUGCAGAGGAGGGAGACGGAGGCGAGGGCAGCAGCAGCACAAGGAAGACGACGACGACAGAUGCGUCGCUGCCCAAUGAGCGCUUCGACGAGGCGGCACUCAAGGCGAAUAUGGCACGCGCCGUGAGCCGGUGUCGCGAGACGGUCGCGCAUAUGGUCGGCUCGCAUGGCCGCGCGGACCCCAGCCUGCUCGACGGCAUUCGCGUCUCCUUUACGGGCACGCGCCAGGCCGACGCGACGGCCGGCGAUGCCACGAGUGGGACCAAGGUCGAGGGCGACGGCCAGGAGUACAGCCUGCGCGACUUUGCCACCGUCGGCGUGCGCGAUGGCGCACUGAUUGUCACAUGUUUUGAUGCCGAGUCGGUCAAGCAGGUCGAGCGAGCCAUCUAUGCGGCGCACCCGCAGCUGGGCCUCACGCCACAGCAGACAAACGAGGAGGGCGUGCUCCGCAUCCCCGUCCCGCGCCCGACGGCCGAGACGCGCGCGCAGCUCGUCAAGGACAUCAAUCGCGUCUGCGAGAAUGCCCGCGUGUCGAUCCGCUCGGCCCGGCACGCGGCCCAGAAGCAGAUCAAGGAGGACACGCGGACAAAGGUCGUGGGGUCCAGCGAGGCCCAGCGCGAGAUGAAAAAGAUGGAAGAAGAGACAAAGAAGAGAGCAGCCGAGGUGGAACAGCUGUUUGAGCAGACGAAGAAGAGAAUCGAGCAGGGACAGUAGUAUUACCAGAGCGGCUCUCUACUUACUGGAGCGGCUGUCUUAUUAUUACUAGAGCGACUCUCUCUCUAAGGGUAUGAAUGUAUACUUUUGGCAAGGGUUUCACUGCUGAGGC